AUGGAGAAAGCCUUCACAUUUAUUCUCUUAACACUCUUGUUGCUCAUGGCUAGUUCAGCCAUGACCCAUACCAACAUUACCACUGAUCAAUUAGAUCUUCUGUCCUUAAAAUCUCAAAUCAUUUCCGACCCCUCUCACUUCUUCGAUGAAAACUGGUCUCCCGUUGUUUCUGUUUGUCAUUGGGUUAAAGUCACUUAUGGCUCUCGUCAUCAACGAGUGAAGUCCUUGAAUCUUUCCAACAUGGCUCUUACACAUUCCCCCAACAAUUUCCGUGGAAAUUUGCCUCAAGAAAUGGCACGCUUGCGUCGUCUUAAGUUUCUUAGGUUAAGUGUCAACAACUUCAGCGGAAAGGUUCCUUCUUGGUUUGGAUUUUUACACCAACUUCAAUUUCUAAGUCUUAGGAAUAAUAGUUUCACUGGUUCCAUUCCUUCAUUUUCUAGUAUGUCCACACUUGAGACUUUGAAUUUGGCAUUCAAUUCCUUAGAAGGUCACAUCCCUGUGUCUCUCUCGAAUGCCUCAAGGUUGGAGACGUUAGAAUUAUCUUAUAAUUCACUUCAAGGAAACAUUCCAGAAGAGAUCGGCAAUCUUCGCUACAUGAACUAG